AGAAUUGAAAGAUCUUCGACUUUCUUUAACUGAUGACAAAAAUACUUCAUAUGAAAAUUGGAUUGAAUGUAAAAUUAAUGAAGGGAUGAUUACCGAAUAUAAAUUUAAUAAAUUUGUUGAAUUUAAAAUGAUUGGCAAUGGAAAUUUUAGCAUAGUUUAUAAAGCAAUAUUAAAAAGUACGAAUAAUACAUAUGCGUUGAAAAUAAUUCAUAAAAAUGAACCUACUGAUAAAGAAGUUGUGAAUGAAAUAAAGCAUAUAAUUUCUGUGGGAUUUCAUGAGAACAUCAUUAAGUUUUAUGGUGUUUCUAAAUACAAGGAUCAAAUGGAUCCAAAGGUUGUUAAAAAUGUACUUGUUUUUGAAUAUGCGGAUAGUGGAACGUUACGAGAUUAUUUGCAAAACAAUGCAACUAAAAUCGAAUGGAGGUUAAAAAUCCAAUUUGCAAAUCAACUUGCAAACGCUGUUAAAUGGUUACAUAAUUGUAAUAUUAUUCAUGGUGAUCUGCACCCAAGUAAUAUACUUGUCCAUCAGCAAUCUUUAAAAUUAGCCGAUUUUGGAUUAUCUAGACGAAUUGCUGAAUUCUCAAAAUCUAGAACUACGAGUGAAAUUUUCGGAUGUUGGCGGGGAAUGCAAGAUUUUCGGCCAUCUAUCGAAGAAGUAGCGAUGGAAUUAAAAGACAUUAUCGUUCAAGAUACUGACGUUCAAGACAUUAAUAUUCAUGACAUUUCAGACAAUGCAAAUUUUACUAUUUCUGAUAUAAAUAGCAUUACAAAGUACCUUGAUGCAGUCUUUAAAAUUCAGGAUGCAACUGACAACCUAGACAAACAAGAAACUCAAGUAACUAAUGAACCGGAAGAUGACAUGACACUUUUUGUUAAUAAAUUAUAUUCGACUUUUAGUAAACUAUUUAACGAAGGUAGAUCUGUCAGCGAAAUAAUUAUCGAUUCCAUAUCUAAAGAUGGUAAAAACAAAGAGGAAGUUUUUGAUUGGUUAUCUACUCAUAGCGAUAAUCCAAAGUAUAUUUGUCUACUUGGAUUAUUUUAUAGUUGGGAAAUUGGCACAAAUGAAAACGUAAAUGUAUUUAAUUUAUUUCUUAAAGCGGCAAAUUCAGAUGAUAUUAUUGCUCAAUAUUUCGUUGGACGGUGCUAUGAAAUUGGUUGGAGCAUCAGAAAGAAUAUGAAUGAGGCAAUUAAAUGGUAUACCAAGGCGAGCAAAGGUGGAUGUGCAAUUGCGGAAUGUAUACUGGGUGAAAUUUGUUACAAACUUAAUAAAUAUGAAGAAGCAUUUAUUUUACUCAAAAGUGCGGCAGAUAAAGGAAACGCAUUAGCGAUGAAUACAGUAGGAAUAUGUUACCAAAAAGGUUACGGAACGAAUGUUGAUAGGAUUAAGGGAUUUAAGUUAUUCAAAAAAGCGGCUAAGAGGGGUCUACCUGCUUCACAAUAUGAACUUGGCGAUUGUUACGAGUACGGCAAUGGUACAAAAAUAAAUUUGGAGAAGUCAUUAUAUUGGUAUAAAAAGGCUUCAGAUAAAAAUCCUAAUUAUCUGAAUCAUGUUAAACGUGUCGAGAAUAGAAUUAUACAUUAA